GUUCCAGUUCUCAAAUCCGAUAAAAACAGAAAAAAAUUGUAAAGUGAAAGAAAAUUAAGAGUGGUCCAUUCCGAUCCAAUCGGAAAUGAGGAGGAGAACGUUGCGUUGGCGCAGCUCCGCUUGCCGGGAUGAUGGUUCACCACCAAGGAGGGGCAAGUGCCAGGAUUACCGCUUCCACCAGACUGAGACUUAUCCCUCGAUCCGACCGAUGGAGCCACGAUGCAACCCCCACCAGGAUGAGGCCAUCACCCGGUUGGGCAACUCUCUCGUGACUGAUGGCUGUGGGCGACCCUUCGACAUGGUCAAGGACGACGUUUUACUUGCUUGGAGACAUAGUCCCCACAAGGACACGUUGGGCUUCUAUGGCGUAGGGUCACCCACCCAUCAGCCCGAAUCGGUGGAGUUCAACCGGGUGCUGGCGGACUGCCUGGUCAAGGUCAGCAGUGUUGGCUCUCGGCAAGGUCGCCCCAAAAAGACUAUAUCAACACCCCCCAGUAUUUCACCUACAGGCACUUACACUUCCCCUCAGCUUUGCAAACCCUUCAUUCUCAACCGCCAGACACUGCAGUCGGAACUUCAACUAAUGCCCUAUGUUAAACAGCAUCUGGAACCCGGAAAAGCCUUUGAGACAAUAUAUUGCCCUGAUCCUCCAGACCCCAGCGAUCCUUUUGGAGUUAAACACCAGUUGCGAAUAAGGAUAAGCCGGAGCAGAGACUUUAAACCCAAGAAGGUACCAAACGAUCUGCGUCGUAGGCCCUGGUACUGCCCCAUGGAUUGUGACCAAGCUCGAAAUGCUUGCACUCAGUACGAGUGGGCUAGGUACAAACUAGACCCUCGUCCUCAUAACAAAGAAUUCCAGGAUUGGCUCCAGGAGCAAAGGGAGAAAAAGAGUAUGGAGCCCAGGGACUACGAUCAAUUGUACGAGAGGUUUCUCAAGUGCUUCGAGCAGAAAACUUCUCCUGAUCCGCUUUGCAAGAUCUACGAGGAUUGCUGCAAGCCCAAGAAAUCCCGUAAGGAGGAUAAUCAAGGAGGUGGCGAUGGGCAGGGAGGUAAUGGAGAUGGUCAGCAGCCUGAAGAAUCCGGAGAAUCUCCACCAUAUCAAGGUACACCGAAUGAUGGAGACAAACCCGGAACCGGAAAAGAAAAAGCAGAGAAUGAAAAAGGUAAUACUGAGGGAGCCGAUGACACCGGUGAUAACAAGGAUAAAGGAGAUGGCAACGAUAAAAAAAAGGUCGUAGAGAAGGAUAAACAUAAGGAUAUAAUUAUAAAUGAAGACAAGGACAAAGAUAAUAUCAAAGAAAGAGUCGUGGAGAAGAAAAAAAAUAAAGAUUUAAAUAAGGAUAAAGGUAAAAACAUAAGUAAAGAUCAAGAUGAUGAUGAAUUUAAAAACAUACGUAAACAUAAAAAUGGAAAUAAAAAUAAAAAUAGACACAAAAAUAAAAAUAAGAAUAAAAAUAAAAAUAAGAAUAAAAAUGAAGAGAAAGUUAAUGAAGACGAAAACUUUAAAAUCGAAAAGAGGAAGCCAGAGUCGGAUGUAAUUAAAAAGGAAAUACCAAAAAGGGACAUCCCAAUACCAAAUGAACCCGUGUUCGAAAAGGGAAGACCUAGUGUAAUUCCGUAUACUCCAUCGGAGAAAAAUAGCGAUAGACCUAGUAAAGUAGAACCUGCAUUAAGUAAUACAGAACUGGAAACUCCAGUAGUAGACUAUGACAAGUUCCUGCCGGUGAUCCCGAAAUAUACGAUCAAGGUACCCCCCAAAAAAAAGAAAAAGGUUAGGAAUAAAGAAGGAGACAAGAAUGAGAAGAUUGAGAAGAUCAAGAAGACCUGCCCGCCCUGUCCACCGCAAGGUUGCCAGUGCGAGAUCUGCCAUUUUAUGGAUCGCCAGAAGGAACCGGAGGCUCCCUUUAUGAGGAAUAUGAGGCGGGCGGAGCAAAAGCGCCAGCUACGAGCCUACUAUCGCCAAAUGUGUCACCGGGAAUAUAUCCAGAAUAGAUGUUGGGAGGAGUACAGGGCACCCAGUCACAAAUGCGAUCCCAUCUGCUGCGAUAACUUCCUGUGCCGCAAUCCCCGACUCGCCGAGCACUGCGAUUGCCUUGGGGCCGUGCAGGAUCUGCAGAAGGUCAUCUCCGGCGACAAGGAUAACAAGGAUUGCAGCAGACUGCUCCUUCGGAUAGAGAAUCUUCGGAGACGCGUCUGCCAGCGCAUGUGCGAUUGCAUCCUGGGGUAAACUGGAUCGGAAUG